CUAGUAACUAUUAAUUGAGUGAAAUUAUGAAUAAAACUAAUGAUUCUAUUGUGCAUGAAUUACAACUUCCUAACCUUAUAGUGAAUUCUGUUUUGACCGUUGUUUCGUUAUACCUACUCGUUGCGUUUUCUUUCUUUGAAUACACAACACGGUACUGGAAUGGGGUUGGGACCGAUGAGCGACAUAACAAAAUCGCGAGGAUUUUGCGUAUACUCUGCAUCGUCGGCAUAUCUUUUGCAUUUAUGCAUUACGUAUGUGAAUUGAUAGCACCAUUCAUGGUGGAUGCUUCCGCCUGUCAAAGCAUGAACAUCAUGUGGCUCCUAACGUACGCAUUGGGAAUUUUAACGGCCUAUGUAUUUUUGUGGCAACGACAGCACUGCUUAUAUGAAGGGCCUGCACUGAAGCAUCUAUUAAAUGGAUACAUCAAAGCCCUCAGCUGGAUUGUCCUAGGAUUUCUGAUUUUGAGCGCGGUCAUGGUGUUUCUCGCUGGAUCGAGAAUGAUUGCCUUUUCUGGUUGUAACCACAGUACCGAUUCUCACAAACUGAAACUGUAUGAAACAAUCCUUGCUAUAACCCUCCUGACAUUAACUAUCUUGGGACAAGCUCAACUUCUCGUGUUGUUCAUAAUACCGCUUCGUAGUCACACUUCCAAGAUUAAAAAAUCCGUUAACAGUGCUCAAAGAGAAACUUCAGAGUCUACAACGACUGCACCAGAACCAGAUAACCGUCGGAGAGCAAAUACCAACUCGUCUCCGACUACAAGAAAAAGUAUACGAAGAAAAGAAAGUUCAAAUGCCAGCAUAAUAUCUCUGGUAAAACGGUGUUUAAUUCUGUCAUCUAUCUGUAUGGUUGGUGACGUAAUUGCCGCAGCGGUUACCAUUUUAGAAGAAAAUGCAGCCGGUAAGUUGGCUUAUGAUAUCAAUCUUAUCGUCAACAUUUUGUGCUGCCUUGGAAGUUUUAAGACUUGGACUAGUAUGGUGUUUCCAUGGAAAAGAACGAGAAGAGCCCAAAAGACGAGGGAAAGAAUUGUGAGUGUGCGAUAUCUUCAUGCAGAUACUGAAACAUUUUCUAUUUAACCUUAACAGAAUACUAUACCUAACUACUCGAGCUACCAAGCGUAAAACAGACCAGGGAAGAGCGAAAUACGAGCCAGUCGGCAACACUUACUUGAAUAGCCCCUUGCCAGAUUUCUGAAGAAAUUCGUCUAUUUCACAGGAUUUAUUCAAAACUAUAAUAUCCACAAAAGACCCUUAGUGGUGUGUUUGUCCGAUGAUACUUAGAAUGCAAAUGUUUAUUUUUCAAAUUCAGUCACACGGGAACAAAUAAUGACUAUCUGUGAUUUUAUUUUUUAUUUCAUGCUUUUAACUAUAUUGAACACAAACUUGAUAUUUCUUGAAAAUGAACUAACCGUCGUAUUAUGUGACUUAGAAGGUCAUUCUCUGUGAUGUGACCAUUACAUAUGCAAAUACAAUAAUAUUAA